UGUUGAUGUUGACUUCAUUGAGGUAACACCGAUCUUAAUGGAAGAUGAUGGCUUACAAUUUCAGCUUCCAAAGCAUCAUCGCUGUGCAUGUCAUCUAUUAAACCUUGUUGCCACAGUUGAUGCAGCCAAGGCCAAUUCCAAUGACUCCUAUAAAAGACUGUCACGAUCAGCUUUUGCGAAAUGCAGUGGCUUAUGGAACAAGACAUCUCGAUCCUCCACUGCUUCAGACAUCAUAGAGGAAACAUGCAAAAUACAACUGAUCCGGCCAAACGACACACGAUGGAACUCAUUAUUUCUCUCUGUUGAAAGAAUCGUGAGAAUAAUCAAAGAUGAAGGAGAAGGGGCCCUGAGAACUGUAUGCACUGCACUAAAGUUGCCAAUGUUGAGUUCAGUUGAAAUUUCCUUUCUGGAGGAAUUUGCCAGAACCAUGGGUCCUCUCGCCAAAGCCCUCAACAUUCUUCAAGAUGAGACAGAUGUUCAGAUGGGAUGGCUUCUGCCAACUCUGACGCUCCUCAUCAAUAAGCUUGAACGAAUCCACAUAAAUUCCAGGUACUGCAAACCUUUGGUGGAUGCAGUCCUAGAGGGACUACAAAAGCGCUUUAAAGACAUGAUGGCAGAACCAGAGUUUAUUGCUGCUGCCAUCCUGCUCCCAAAAUUUAAAACAGCGUGGACAUCUGAUGAGAACCUAUUAAACCUAGGACUUGCCUACAUCAAGGACCAUCUGGAGGAAGAACGUCCACAUCAGUCACCAGGCAAUGGAUCAAGUGCUUCAGAUGACGAUGACUUCUUUUCAAGCAUGAAAAAAAACUCAUGGGCAGGAAAGUGUUAA